GUUCAAUGGAUUCAUCCGCCUUCCAUCUUUUCGAAGACACCAGCUUAUGAGUUAAUAGUAGAUGCCGGUCAGCGGAGGAAUACCGGACUUUAGAGGGGUUAUUGUUGUCCGUUGUCACCACCGGUUCAUCAACUUUCUGAUAUAAAACGCAUCAAGAGGUCAUGUUCUCAUCCUGAACAACACAGUGAAACAAAAGCAUACCUUUGAAAACCUUCCAAUAUGACCAUCAAACCAUCCAUCGCCAUCAUAGGAGCUGGCCCCAGCGGCCUGACUCUCGCCCGGCUACUCGAGAUCAAUAACAUCGAUUACAUCGUCUAUGAGCGUGACGAAACCCCAGAGCCCAAGUUCAUCAACCAAGGAGGAACUCUAGACAUCCACACCUCUUCUGGUCAACUCGCUCUUAAGGAGGCUCGGUUGUUUGACGAGUUCAGGAGCAUAGCUCGACGGGAUGCAUCUAGAGUCUGUAUGCAGAAUCCAACCGGUACAGUCAAGGCUGUGUUUGGAGAAGACCGUGAUGCACCCGAGAUUGAUAGACUGCAACUUCGGAAGCUAUUGCUUGGCUCUAUUCCGAAUGACAAGAUUCGUUGGGGUCAUGGUGUAAAGUCUGUCGAGACAGGAGGCAAAGCUACCGAGCAUGUUAUCUGUUUCGCCAAUGGUACCUUCGCAUCUGGCUUUCGUCUCAUCGUUGGCGCAGAUGGAGCGUGGAGCAAGGUGCGCCCGCUGCUUACUUCGUCAAAGCCAGAUUACUCGGGCAAAGUCUUCAUAGAGGGCAGCAUAUCACACAACAAUCCCGCAUAUGUUGCUGCUCUCGAACACGCAGGGCCUGGGAACAUGCUGGCAAUGGGACAGCACAAGAUACUUGCCGUUCAACAGCUGGCCGAUCGCUCUUAUCGGCUUUACAUGGGCAUGGAUGCGCCGGAAGAGCUGUAUCGCAGACCUCUGAGUCAUAAAGAUACAGAGGAUAUUCGCCAGAGAUUCCUGUCUUCACUGGACUUCUUCGCCAAUUGGGCUCCGAACCUGAAGGAAUAUCUGGCCAAUGCUGAAGGGCCAUUUCAUGCGUGGCCUUUAUAUCGCUUGCCUGUUUCAUCAGUGAGUUGGAACAGAGUCCCUGGCGUUACUCUUCUGGGAGAUGCUGCUCAUCUUGCGACGCCGCUUGUUGGAGAAGGAGUCAACAUGGCGAUGCUCGAUGCUCUCAUGCUCUCGACAGCCAUAGCCAAGCACAGUAAGCAAGUUGGUGGUGCAGAUAUUGAAGGAGAUCGGUUGGAAGAUGCCUUGAAGGAAUAUGAGCAGGAGAUGUUUGAACGUGGCCAGGACUACAUACGACGCUGUAUGGCACGCGAAGGGGAGUUCUUUUCGGAGAACGCGGCUGAGGACUUCAUCAACAUGAUCAACGGGGCGAUGCAAGAUGGACAAGAGGAGGCCGAAUGAGAAACUUCAUCUUGCAAGUAUGAAGAGAAAGAACAUUGAACCAUGCAUAAAGUCACAACUCAAUCGGAAUGUUAGAUGGAAUGGAAUCCUUGUUUGUAUUUUGAA